GACCAUAUAGUGGCUGAAUGACACAGCCUGAAGGUGGCGGAAGCAUGAGGAGACCAUAUAGUGACUGAAUGACACAGCCUGGAGUUGGCAGCAGCAAGAGGAGACCAUAUAGUGGCUGAAUGACACAGCUUGGAGGUGGCGGAAGCAUGAGUAGACCAUAUAGUGGCAGAAUGAGACAGCCUGGAGGUGGCAUAAGCAUGAGGAGUACAUAUGGUGGCAGAAUGAGACAGCCUGAAGCUGGCAUCAGCAUAAAGAGAACAUAUGGUGGCAGAAUGAGACAGCCUGGAGCUGGCAUCAGCAUGAGGAGAACAUAUGGUGGCAGAAUGAGACAGCCUGGAGAUGGCAUCAGCAUCAGGAGAACAUAUGGUGGCAGAAUGAGACAGCCUGGACCUGGCAUCAGCAUAAGAAGAUGUGGUGGCAGAAUGAGACAGCCUGGAGUUGGCAUCAGCAUGAGGAGAACAUAUGGUGGCAGUAUGAGACAGCCUGGAGCUGGUAUCAGCAUAAGGAGAACAUAUGGUGGCAGUAUGAGACAGCCUGGAGCUGGCAUCAGCAUGAGAACAUAUAAUGGCAGAAUGAGACAGCCUGGAGCUGGCAUCAGCAUGAGGAGAACAUAUGGUGGCAGAAUGAGACAGCCUGGAGGUGGCAUCAGCAGCAUCAGGAGUCCUGAAAGUGACCCGGUGACAGAGUGGGACGGUGGGUGGCAGUACCAGUACCCGGGGAUGAAGCAUGAGGAGACCACAUGGCAGCACAGUGACACAGCCUGGAAUUGGCAGCAGCAUGAGGAGACCAUAAUCUGGCACAAUAACACAGCCUGGAGUUGGCAGCAGCAAGAGGAGACCAUAAUGUGGCUGAAUGACACAGCCUGGAGUUGUCGGCAGCAAAAGGAGACCAUAUAGUGGCUAAAUGACACAGC